AUGCGCUGUGUAAUUUCCGUCUUGUACUGUCAUGGCGGCCUGUACGGUGAGACGGAGGGGACACAGUGACUUUAAUACAUGGUCCUUAUCUGGAAGUGCAAUGGCCCGGUUGUUGGGGCACGGUCUGCUUCUGUCUCUCAUUGUCUGCUUAUUACUCCCUGCUGGUACUCGGGCUAAUGUGUGCAGAGUAAAGAUUGGAGAAGGAAGAGAAUCUGAAAAUUGUGGAACAAACAUCGAAUUGGAACAUUCAUUUGAACUUGAUGACAGUAUCCACUUCAAGAAGAGAGGGUCACUGAUCUUGAGUUCUUCCAUAGACCAGAGUGUUUCUAUUUUACAGAAGCAGCUGACUGAGGAUGAGAGGAACAGAUUAAGGGAUAUUGCAAACCUGAAUGGGCUCUAUAGGAUACGGAUCCCUUAUAAGCUGGGACUUUCUGAAGAAUCCACAGAAUAUGUUACAUCAUUUGUCCGGGCAUGCUCCAUGGUUGAAUCUCAUCUCUCAGAUCAAAUCACCGUUCACACGGAUAUUUCUGGGAAUAUUGUAGGCGUUUCCAUAGUCACCUUUCCAGGGUCUUGCAAUGGUGCAGAAGUGGAGGAUGUGGAUCUGGAGCAGUUUAAUACCACUGUCUAUAUCCAUCAGCCUGUUCCAGCCGCAGUACCUGAAACUGCAUCUUUCAUAGAGCGCUUGGAGAUGGAACAAGCCCAGAAAGCAAAAAAUCCACAAGAACAGAAAUCCUUUUUUGCUAAAUACUGGAUGUACAUAAUCCCUGUUGUUCUAUUUUUGAUGAUGUCUGGAGCGUCGGAUGCUGGCAACCAAGGAGGAAACGGAGGAGGCGGCAACGGUGGUGGAAGAUGAUUGGUUGUACCGGAAUCCAAAUCCUCCCUCUCAGACUGAAGGAUAGGAGGAUAAAAACUGCCACACAACACUGGUUACUUCCUGCAAUGCUGCAAAAGGACAUGCACUGAGUGAUCCUGCUUGUAUUUUAGGAUAACCAUCUAUUCUUUUGGUUCUUUUUGUUUUAUGCCCUUUUUUUUUCUAUUUUCCCCUGUGAACAACUUGGAUCAAAUGGCAAAUGUACCAUAGAACCAAUUUUAUUUUAAUUUAUUAUGUUGAAAAGGUGUAAGAACAUUGAAAAUGAAAAUUGUGAUUGUUGGAUAAACAA